UCAAAGUCCGUGAACGUGGACACUGGGAUUGAGGGACAAGACACGUGAAGGAGUUGGGGGGGCCUUUUACAUGACUGCACCAUACCUUCAUGAGACGAAGCAUAAAAAUUAUAGACUGCAGUGCGCCGCCAGUACAACAGAGGGCAUGCCAGUACUUCGUUACCUUUGCACUUCUGAGGUCACAGUGAUCAAAAAAGAAAAGAGCCUACAGCUGAGGAAAAUGGCGGACGUUGAGAUGGAUAUGGCAUCUAGAAGAAUGAAUAAUGGCAAUGAACACGUGAAGCAGGAUCUGGAAAAUCAGGAAAUAAGUGGAAAUGAGGACAGCGGCGAUGUGUCUGAGGAAGAAGAGGAGGAAGAGGAGGAAGCAGAAACUAAUUGCAAGAAGACAGAGGAAGGGUCCAGGCAUCACAGCAGCAGUGGUAAACACAAGAGGAAAAAACACAAGCACCGUAGUAAGCACAAAAAACACAAGCAUGCCUCUGACGAGGACAAGGACCGCAAACGUAAACAUCGCCACAAACACAGGAAACACAAACGCAAAGAGGGCUCCUCUCCCUCUGAAUCUGGCCUCUUUGGCUCCACCAGCCAUAAAAAGGUUGAAUCCUCUCCCUCCUCUGGAAAUCCAUGUCUGGACGACAGGGCCUUGCUGGAGGAUUUGGAGAAACAGAGGGCCAUGAUCAAAGCUGAGCUGGACAGCCAGUUGAUGGAGGGCAAGGUCCAGUCUGGCAUGGGGUUGAUCCUUCAGGGUUAUAACUCUGGAUCAGAAGAGGAUGGAGAAGCCAGAGUAAGAAAUGGAGAACAGCAUCAAAGGGGCAGCUCAGGUAAACCCAUUUCUCCCAGAGGAGGAAAAAGCAGGAAAUCUAGGCGGGAAUCAACAGAGGGCAGCAAGUCCAGCUCCAAGCGUCGUAGUCGGAGUAAGUCUGUGGACAGGCCUGCUAAGGAUUCUAAGCAGGACAAGGUGACCAAAAGCACCAAGGAUACAGGUGUGAAGGACAGAGGACGUGGCAGGAGCAGGUCAAAAGACAAAAAACAUUCAGACAGCACUGAUAGGUCCAAGGAGAGAAAGAAGUCCAACUCCCCUGUUAGUUUUAAAGCAGAGCAGAAAAGUGGCCGCACUGAUAAACGUUCCUCUCAACAUGGGGAGGACAGACCAAACCAGGAAAGAGUAACCCAGCGGUCCAGAUCACCUGGACGAGAGCGGAUAAGUCGCUCAGACAAUGAUCGGGACAAGCGGCCUGCCAAGUCUCCAUCCAAGGAUGCAUCAUCGGGGAAAGAGAACCACUCCCCUCAUAGACGAGGGCCUCACAGCCCUGGAAGGAAACGCAGUGCUUCCCCUCGCCACAAAGAUGCCCACCACCCUUUGGUUAAUGCCUCAGAUAGGAUAAAAAAGCAGAGCCACUCUCCAUCCAGAACAAGGUCCUCACCCCGGAGAGGCCGCAGCCGCUCACCAGAUGCUAGGAGGAGGGAUGCUGACAGGCAGGACUCGCCACCGAGGAAGCGCCUGCGGGCAGAUGCAGCGCCAGGCAGAGAGAGAUCACGAGACAACAGUCCCAAGUCAUCGUCCCGUCGUAGGAUGAGUCGCUCACCACUGAGACGCUCCCGCUCUGCCCCUCGCAGACGAAGCAGGUCUCCACUACACCACAGGUCUGGGGAGAGAGACAGGUAUGGCAGGCUCAGACAGUACAGGCGCUCAAAUUCCCGUGAUCGGGAGAGGAGAAGGCGCAGUAGAGAUGAGGACAAGUUCAAGGGCAGCCUUUCAGAGGGUAUGAAAGUUGACCAGGAAUCUUCAGAAGAAGAAGUGGUGGAGGACUUUGAUAGUGAGGAGAUAGAUGAAGAAGCUCUCAUUGAACAGCGCCGCCAGCAACGUAUGGCCAUUGUCCAGAAAUAUAAGGUUGUGAAUGAGGAUACCAACAUGAUAUCGGAGCCCAACAGCCCUCAGAGCAGCACACGCAGCCGCUCCCCCUCACCUGACGACAUCUUGGAGCGAGUAGCCGCAGACGUGAAGGAAUAUGAACGCGAGAACCUCAACACCUUCGAGGCCAACAUCAAAGCCAAGCACAACCUCAUCGCCCAGGAGAGAGAUGGAACCAACCCAAAGAAGCCUUCAGCGCCUGACAUGUUCACAGAAUCGGAUGACAUGUUUGCUGCUGACUUUAGUGCCAGGAUGAGAGCAGCAGGUGUAGGAAAAGACUUUAAGGAGAACCCCAACCUCAGGGACAACUGGACUGAUGCUGAGGGUUACUACCGGGUAAACAUUGGAGAGACACUGGACAAGCGUUAUGAUGUGUAUGGCUACACUGGCCAGGGUGUGUUCAGCAAUGUGAUUAGAGCCAGGGACACUGCCAGGGCUGGCCAGGAGGUGGCAGUCAAGAUCAUCCGAAACAACGAGCUCAUGCAGAAAACUGGUUUGAAGGAGCUGGAAUUUCUCAAGAAGCUAAACGACGCUGAUCCUGAUGAUAAGUUCCACUGCCUUCGUCUUUUCAGGCACUUUUACCACAAGCAGCAUCUUUGUCUGGUAUUUGAGCCCCUCAGUAUGAAUUUGCGAGAGGUGCUGAAGAAAUACGGUAAAGAUGUCGGGCUCCACAUCAAGGCUGUGCGUUCCUACAGCCAGCAACUGUUCUUGGCCCUCAAGCUGCUCAAACGAUGCAACAUCCUCCAUGCUGAUAUCAAGCCAGAUAAUAUCUUGGUGAAUGAGUCAAAGACUAUUUUGAAGCUGUGUGACUUUGGUUCGGCAUCUCACGUUGCUGACAAUGACAUCACACCAUACCUGGUCAGCAGAUUUUACAGAGCUCCAGAAAUCAUCAUAGGAAAGCCGUAUGACUAUGGAAUUGACAUGUGGUCUGUCGGCUGCACUUUAUACGAGCUGUACACUGGAAAAAUCCUGUUUCCUGGAUCUUCCAACAAUCACAUGCUCAAACUAGCUAUGGACCUCAAGGGCAAGAUGCCCAACAAGAUGAUCCGCAAAGGCUUGUUCAAAGACCAGCACUUUGAUCAGAAUCUAAACUUCUUAUAUAUUGAAGUAGACAAAGUGACAGAGAGGGAAAAGGUGACAGUGAUGAGCACCAUCAACCCCACCAAAGACCUGCUGGCGGACAUGAUAGGAGGCCAACGACUGCCUGAGGACCAGAGGAAGAAGGUGAUGCAGCUGAAGGACCUGCUGGAUGGCACCCUGAUGCUAGACCCAGCCAAACGCAUCAGCAUCAACCAGGCUCUGCAGCACCCCUUUAUCCAGGAAAAGAUCUGACACCCUUAAUGCCACACACUCACAGAGCAGAGAACCAAUCACUAAAACCAGCUCAGACUGGUACUCUGCAGCGAGGCAGCCAACACAUGAUGUUGUGGA